AUGGCAUCAUCAUCAUCAUCAACAUCAACAACAACAACAACAACUACUACUACUACUACCGCAUCAGUAGUAACAGCAGAACCAGGUCCUCAAUUAAACCGAAUCAGUAGACCUGGUGAUGGAUCAAGCCAGAAGAAUACAUUUGUUAAUGAGAGCGAUAUAAUCACAAUAGAAGCUAAACGAGAUGAUCCCUCACAGGUGUUUCGCAACAUUCGAUCAUAUGAUUAUGAAUGUGUGGCUAGAGGAUGUUCAACAGUAUUUUCUAAUAGAGCACAAUUACAAUCAAAUUUGUUCGGCGAUCGACAUAGAGAGUCAACAAGUUUUGUUGGGCCAGCCGUGUCAUUUGCUCGACCGUUUGAUGAAUUCCUAUCAGGACCAGGGAAUUCAGAUGAGCACAAUGCAAGUGACACUAAACAAGGUGGUAAUAGCAAAUCAUAG